UUCCGCCUUUGGAUCCGCCAAUGGUUAGCUGACCCGCGGGCCCGGGGCCCGGUCCCCAUGGCAGCCGGGCGCGCUCGGGCUCUUAUUGGCUACGUCUGCCGGAGAGCCGCGCCUCAGCGCUCCGACGCCGGCUUCCGUGCCACGUCAACGGCAGCCGAUUGGUCGGCUCGGGCUCACGUCACCGCCCGCCUAGGUCCGGCCUGAGUUCGGGGCUAGCCGCCCUCGUCUAGCGUCGCGUCCUGCUGUGUGCAGCCCCGGGCCGGCGUCACGGCGGACUCCGCGGCCAAGGCAGAGCCAAAGUGGGUCAGUCUGGCAGGCGAAGGGCGCGGGGCCGGACACGGCGGCGGGAGUGCGCGGCAGGGCUCGGCCGGGCGGGCCGGGCCGCGGAGCCCGGGACUCACUCUCUGGCCGCCCGCAGGCGCGAUGAAGGCACUGAUCUUGGUGGGCGGCUAUGGGACGCGUCUGCGUCCGCUGACGCUGAGCAUCCCGAAGCCAUUGGUGGAUUUUUGCAAUAAGCCCAUCUUGCUGCACCAAGUGGAGGCGCUGGCCGCGGCAGGCGUGGACCACGUGAUUCUGGCCGUGAGCUACAUGUCUCAGGUGCUGGAGAAGGAAAUGAAGGCGCAGGAACAGAGGCUGGGAAUUCGAAUCUCUAUGUCCCAUGAAGAAGAGCCUCUGGGGACAGCUGGGCCCCUGGCACUUGCCCGUGACCUCCUCUCUGAGACUGCGGACCCUUUCUUCGUCCUCAACAGUGAUGUGAUCUGCGAUUUCCCUUUCCAAGCCAUGGUGCAGUUCCACCGGCACCACGGCCAGGAGGGCUCCAUCCUGGUGACCAAAGUGGAGGAACCCUCUAAGUAUGGUGUGGUGGUAUGUGAGGCUGACACAGGCCGCAUUCACCGGUUCGUGGAGAAGCCACAGGUGUUUGUGUCCAACAAGAUCAACGCAGGAAUGUACAUCCUGAACCCUGCAGUGCUGCAGCGCAUCCAGGACCCAAGUGCCCGCAUCGGCCAAAACUGUAGCAUCGGCCCCAACGUGAGCCUGGGUCCUGGUGUGGUGGUGGAGGAUGGCGUGUGCAUCCGGCGGUGCACAGUGCUUCGAGAUGCUCACAUUCGAUCCCACUCCUGGCUCGAGUCCUGCAUUGUGGGCUGGCGCUGCCGCGUGGGCCAGUGGGUGCGCAUGGAGAACGUGACGGUCCUGGGUGAAGAUGUCAUCGUUAAUGACGAGCUCUACCUCAACGGUGCCAGCGUGCUGCCCCACAAGUCUAUCGGCGAGUCAGUGCCAGAGCCUCGCAUCAUCAUGUGAGGGGAUGCCACGGGGCUGGCCGAGUCCCCAGUUCCCCAUUGGCAGGGGGAGCCCUGGUGUGACACAUCAGAAGGCCCUGGACUCGCCGUUUAUCUGGGAGGACUAGACGAGGCUGAAGUGGUUGGACACCUGCCCUCUCCUGUGGACAUAAUCUGGCAGGAUCCUUGCUGGGCAUACCCCACAAAGCCCACUCCCUCAAGAAGGGCCGGGCCAGGGCUGUAUGGAAUAAUAAUUUAAUGCUCACUGUGGCCCUGACUGAAAGUCAAGCUCAGGCACAAUCAGGACAUGGCUGGGCUCCUGCCAGUGAGGUUACACUCAGGCAAGGAGGUUGGAUGUGGUGGGGGGUGGGGAGGGGAGUCGUGGGGAAGAGGGCAAGGGGAAGCUCAUAAAUAGGGCCCAGCCUGGGUCUGAGUUCAGGGAUGGAGGCUGCUGCCGUGUGGGCUAGGCGGCCGAGGAAGUGGUGGUACUUGCAUUGGCCGCCUUCUCCCAGUCCUCUACAGACACGAUGGUGGCUUUGCAGAAGAAGCAAUCCUUGUUGUUCAUCAGGUGCUGGUUGAUACAGGCUCUACAACAGGGGAGGGGAGGGGAGGGAGGAGGAGGGCGUGUGUAUCCCUGCCGCUUCCCCAGCCCCCUGCACCCACGGGGCCCACUUACUUGCAGGACUUAUGGCCACAGGGCUGGAACACAGCGGAAAUGGGGUGAGCAUAGCAGAUGGGGCAGAGGUCCUCCUCGCUAGUGGGCUGCAGGGAGCAGAGUGCAGGGUGAGCUGCGGUUGGACACCCAGACAAGGAGACGAAGACUGUGCCUGUGUAGUGUGCACAGUUGUGCCAGCAUAUGUAUGUGGGUGGUGUGCGCCUGGAUGCUGCGGCUCCCACUCACCAGGGAGGCAGCAGCUGCCUGGGCAGAUGCAGAGGUCAGGUGUGCCAGCAUCUGUUCCACCUGGGCCAGCUCCUCCAUGCUGAUGUAAUCUGUGUCUGCGGGUGGUAGCAGGUGUCAGGCCCAAUGUGGCCCUUGAACCCAGUGCCUCUUAAGUACCACAACUUGGGGUUUUGCUCUUCUUGAGACUCCUGAUCUAGU